AUGUUUCGGUGCCACAUGAUGUUUGGUCAAUUACCUACAAUUGAGGUGUAUGUCCGACUACUAGACAAUCCCGAAACAUUUCCAACGCAGGAGACACAAUCACACUGGUACGGGAUGAGCCAAACAUCCGACGACGAACCAACGCAAAACAAUUUACCUUUCAUACCAAAUGAGGAGGUUGGAGAAUCAAGUGAUGAUGAUAUUUAUGAGGAGUUCAGGAUGCAAGAUAUUUUUGGUGACAGCGAUGACGAAGACAAUGAAGAUGAAGAUAUAGUUGUCCCGUCUACGCAACCGAUUCGCGCACAACCCGUAAGUUUGUAUAACCCGCUAACACACAUGCAAAAUAUUGAUUUUGAAGAUGACGAUACAACCUCCGUGUUUGGAAGUGCUAUUCAAAACCAUAUAGGUGACGAAAUAGAGAUCGGUAUGGAGUUUGAAAACAAGGAAGCCUGCGUCCUUGCUCUACAACAUUGGCACAUAACACACUGUGUGGACUAUUGGGUGUAUCAGUCUGACAAUGAAGGAUAUGUCAUUAAGUGUAAGAAACAAGACUGCAGGUUCAAGUACAAAGCUUCAUUUAGACGAAGGAACUCAAAAUGGGUUAUCGGUAAGCUGUCUAGGUCUCACACAUGCACUACGAAGUCGAUGGCACAAGACCAUAGGAAGCUCAGUUCAGAAAUGGUUAGCCAUAGCAUCAGAGAACUUGUCAACAGCGACGCCUCACUUAAGGUAAAAGUGAUUGUUGCCCAUAUUCUAGAAAAAUACGGGUACAUUAUAUCUUACCGGAAGGCGUGGAUCGCUAAGUGCAAGGCGGUAGAGUCGCUUUAUGGCAAUUGGGAAACAUCUUAUAACGACCUACCGUAG